GUGAGUGCGUAAAGCGCCAGACAUUAGCUGAUAUUUUACAAGUGUGAAGUAUUAUGGGUCUACUAAUAACAAUUCUACUAGUGCUAUGUUUGCUCGUAAUUCUAAGCAGAUUAUGGUGUUUUUGGUGCAGAAGUAAAGUUUGUCUGAUUGGGAAAACUGCCAUUGUAACUGGAGGAGCUUCAGGUCUCGGAUAUGAAACUGCUUUGGCUUUGGCGGCCAAAGGAUGUCGUGUUAUAAUUGCGGAUAUUUCGAAUUCGGCGAAGGCCGCCGAAGAAGUUCGGAAGAAGAGUCAGAAUAAUAAUAUAGUUGGCAAAUAUCUGGAUCUCGGCUCAUUCAAAUCAGUCAGAGCAUUCGCCAAAGAAAUCAUAGAAAAAGAACCCAGACUGGAUAUUCUAAUGUGCAACGCUGGCAUGCCAGGCUACAGAGAAAUGCACAUGACUGAAGACAACCUGGAACGGGUGAUGCAAGUGAACUAUUUCGGACACUUUUUACUUGUACACCUUUUACUUGAUCUUUUGAAGAAAUCCAGUCCUAGUAGAAUUGUAUUUACUAGUUCUGUAAUGGCUUACAUUUCAAACCUCACCAUCGACAAUUUGACACCUAAAGAUGAUUUUUUCACAAAACGGUCUGCAAUGAUAAUGGGAGGCACUUAUAGCAAUUCGAAACUUUGUUGUGCUGCAGCUGCUAAAAGUUUUGGAGAAAAAUUACAAGGUUUUGGAGUUACAGCAAACGCUGUACAAGUUAGCGGAGUAAGAACACCAAUUUUCUACAAGGCAAUCAAAGAAAAUCGUUAUUAUUCUGCUCUCGUUUUAGGCAGUUUCGUUUGGGUCCUUGGAAAGAAUCCUGAGGAAGGUGCUCAGACUCUGAUUCAUUUGGCGCAUGCGGCCGAAGUUGAAUCGGUCACCGGCCAGACGUUUAUGGAAGGGAAGCAAGUUUGGAGGCCCAGUAAACUGACUGAAGAGUUUUGUGCCAAGCUUUGGACCGAGUCUGUUAAAUUGACGAAGCUUGAAGCUGAUGAAGUAAAAUGUUGAAUUUUGAUCGAUGAUUAGGAUAUUUGCAGUAUAAUAAAUGAAUGUUUUUUAAACGAC